AUGUCGAGAAGGAAUGCGACGAGUUUUGUAGAUAACACUCUGACUAGUUCAGAGUACGCCCCUGUUACAGGGAUCUCAGGCUCCGGUUCAAUGUCUCCACCGAUUACAUCUCGUCCUGCUUCUGGACAAGCAUCACCGCUCUCGACGAAUGGAUCACUGUCUCCACCUGCAUAUGCUGAUGAAAAUGGAUCUGUCGUGUACAAUGCGGACUCUCCAAGAGAUUUGAGUCCUCUUCUUCUUUCGGAGCUUGCUUGUUUGAACAUGCGUGAAGUCGUUGCUAGACCUGGACUCGGAACUAUCGGUCGUCAAAUUCCGGUCAAAUCCAACUUCUUCGCUGUGGAUUUGAAGAAUCCAAAAAUGGUUGUGAUUCAAUAUCACGUCGAAGUGCAUCAUCCUGGAUGCAGAAAACUGGACAAAGAUGAGAUGCGCAUCAUUUUCUGGAAAGCUGUCUCCGAUCACCCCCAAAUCUUCCAUAACAAGUAUGCAUUGGCUUACGACGGUGCUCAUCAACUCUACACGGUCUCUCGUCUGGAAUUCUCUGAAGCAACUGUUCGUUUGGAUUGUGAAGCCAGUCUUCCCAAGGAUAAUCGUGAUCGUACCCGUUGCGCCAUCUCCAUCCAAAACGUCGGACCUGUUCUUCUGGAAAUGCAGCGCACUCGUACCAACAAUCUGGAUGGACGUGUUCUCACUCCGAUCCAAAUUCUGGAUAUCAUUUGCCGCCAAUCGUUGACAUGUCCUCUUCUGAAGAACUCGGCCAACUUCUACACCUGGAAAUCGUCUUGCUACCGUAUCCCAACUGCUGCUGGACAGGCUCUUGAUCUGGAAGGAGGAAAAGAAAUGUGGACUGGAUUCUUCUCAAGUGCUCACAUUGCAAGCAACUUCCGUCCACUUUUGAAUAUUGAUGUGGCUCACACUGCAUUCUACAAAACUCGGAUCACUGUUCUCCAGUUUAUGUGUGAUGUGCUUAACGAGAGAACUUCAAAGCCAAACCGUAACAAUCAACGUGGACCUGGAGGACCAGGUGGACCGGGAGGAUAUCGUGGAGGACGUGGUGGUGCAAGAGGAGGAGGUUACAAUAACUUUGGAAAUCGUGGAGGACCACCAACCAACCCAAGAGAUGACUUCGGAGGAAACGGACUCACUUUCACCAUGGAUACUUUGAGCCGUGAUACUCAACUGUCAAGUUUCGAAUCGAGAAUCUUUGGAGAUUCGAUUCGUGGAAUGAAAAUUCGUGCCACUCACCGUCCAAACGCCAUCCGUGUCUACAAAGUGAAUAGUCUUCAAUUGCCAGCUGAUAAACUCAUGUUCCAAGGAGUCGAUGAACAUGGAACAAAUGUUGUCUGCUCUGUUGCCGACUACUUUUCCGAGAAGUACGGUCCACUCAAGUUCCCCAAGUUGCCAUGCCUUCAUGUUGGACCACCCACACGUAACAUCUUCUUGCCAAUGGAACAUUGUCUCAUUGACUCUCCACAGAAGUACAACAAGAAGAUGACCGAGAAGCAGACUAGUGCCAUCAUCAAGGUAACAAAAAAUCUUUUCUUAGAAAAAAGGCUCUCAUAUUUAAAUAAUGUAAAUUUCAGGGCUGCCGCUGUCGAUGCCACUCAGCGUGAGGAAAGAAUCAAGCAAUUGGCUGCUCAGGCCUCAUUCUCUUCUGAUCCAUUUCUCCGAGAAUUCGGUGUUGCCGUGUCUUCCCAAAUGAUUGAGACCACUGCUCGUGUCAUUCAACCACCACCAAUCAUGUUCGGAGGAAACAACCGUUCUGUGAAUCCAGUGGUCUUCCCGAAGGACGGAUCCUGGUCGAUGGACCAUCAGACACUCUACAUGCCUGCCACUUGCCGUAGCUAUUCGAUGAUUGCACUUGUUGAUCCCCGUGAUCAGAGUAAUCUCCAAACAUUCUGUCAGUCUUUGACCAUGAAGGCAACUGCUAUGGGAAUGAACUUCCCUCGUUGGCCAGAUCUUGUCAAAUACGGAAGAACCAAGGAGGAUGUCUGCACUCUUUUCACCGAGAUUGCUGAUGAAUAUCGUGUGACUAGCACUGUUUGUGACUGCAUUAUUGUCGUUCUUCAGGCUAAGAACUCGGACAUCUACAUGACCGUCAAGGAGCAAUCUGACAUUGUCCAUGGAAUAAUGUCUCAAUGUGUUCUCAUGAAGAAUGUCAGUCGUCCAACACCAGCAACAUGUGCCAACAUUGUUUUGAAGCUGAACAUGAAAAUGGGAGGAAUCAACAGUCGUAUUGUUGCCGAUCAGAUCACCAAUAAGUAUCUCGUGGACCAGCCAACUAUGGUUGUCGGAAUUGAUGUCACCCAUCCAACUCAAGCUGAAAUGCGCAUGAAUAUGCCAUCUGUUGCUGCGAUCGUUGCCAACGUGGAUCUCCUUCCUCAAUCGUACGGAGCCAAUGUGAAGGUUCAGAAAAAGUGCCGUGAGUCGGUUGUCUAUCUGCUCGAUGCUAUUCGUGAGAGAAUCAUCACUUUCUAUAGACACACCAAGCAAAAGCCAGCUCGCAUCAUCGUCUACCGGGACGGUGUCUCUGAGGGACAAUUCUCUGAAGUUCUCCGUGAAGAAAUUCAGUCGAUCCGUACCGCCUGUUUGGCUAUUGCUGAAGACUUCCGUCCACCAAUCACCUACAUUGUCGUUCAGAAGAGACAUCAUGCUCGAAUUUUCUGCAAAUUUCCGAAUGAUAUGGUUGGAAAAGCCAAGAACGUUCCACCAGGUACCACCGUCGACACUGGAAUCGUCUCUCCCGAAGGAUUCGAUUUCUACUUGUGCUCUCAUUACGGAGUGCAGGGAACUUCUCGUCCAGCCCGUUACCACGUUCUUCUCGAUGAAUGCAAAUUCACUGCUGAUGAAAUCCAGAAUAUCACCUACGGAAUGUGUCACACAUAUGGUCGUUGUACUCGCUCUGUCUCCAUCCCAACUCCUGUUUAUUAUGCGGAUUUGGUUGCUACUCGUGCUCGCUGCCAUGUCAAGAGAAAGCUCGGUCUUGCCGACAAUGUUGAUUGUGACACCAACUCGAUGUCUUCAUCUCUCGCCUCGCUGCUCAACGUAAGAUCAGGAAGUGGAAAAGGAAAGAAGUCUCAUGGAUCGACUGUUGAUGAUGAGACCUUCUCCAUCCCUGACGGCUUUCCGAUCAAAUUCUCCAGGAUUGCGUCUCUGUUGCUGGAGACUUCAAGAGUCGUAUGUACUUCAUCUGAAGAUCCACAAAAUUAUCCGAACCGAGUUUGUGUUGCUUAA